AUGACGCCCGGGCGGAGCGGGCGCCGGGGCUAUAAAGGCCGGGCGGGCCGGCGGUGCCGCGCUCUCGCUGUCCCGCACCGCCCCGCCAUGCCGCGCGGCUUCCUCGUCAAGCGCAGCCGGAGACCCGGCGGCUCCUACCGGGCACGCCCGCGGGAGCGGGACCCGGACCGGGACCCUCCGCCCACCCCGCUGCCGCCCCCGCCGCCCGCCGCAGGGGAUGGCCCCGCUGCUAGACAGGGAGCGGAGGAGAAGGGCGAGGAGAAGGAAGGAGCCGUCGCCGCUUGCCCCGCGACGUGGCCCCCCGGCGGCGGCUGCGGCGGCCCCGGGCUCACCCCGCCGGAGGCUCCGGCCGUCUGGGGGGCGACGGGGCCGUGCAGCGCGGCGGGGCCGCGGGCGGCUCUCUUCGAGCGGUGCCUCAGCUCCCCCGCCUCAGCCGAGUCCUUUCCCCUGGCCGCCUCCUUCCCGCCCGCCGAGAAGCUGCUGCUGCAGCCGCGCACGCCGCUGCCCGCCCCGCCGCUGCCGUCGGUGCCCGCGCUGAAGCGGCCGUCUCGGGCCAAGGCGCCGGCCAAGAAGGGCAAGGCCACGCGGAAGCUGAGCUUCGCCGACGAGGUGACCACUUCGCCCGUGCUGGGGCUGCGCAUCAAAGAGGAGGGGCCCGAGGGCCGGCCGGGGCCGCCGGCGGGGCGCACGCCGCUCGGCGAGUUCAUCUGCCAGCUGUGCAAGGAGCAGUACGCGGACCCGCUGGCGCUGGCCCAGCACCGCUGCUCCCGCAUCGUGCGCGUCGAGUACCGCUGCCCCGAGUGCCACAAGAUCUUCAGCUGUCCCGCCAACCUGGCCUCGCACCGCCGCUGGCACAAGCCGCGUCCGGGCCCCAGCGCCGAAGGCGCCGCCUCCGCUCCGCCGGGCAAGGAGAACAGCCCCGAGCGGCGGCCCCGCGGCCCCGCCGCGCCCCAGCCACCGCCGCCGACCCGUCAGCACCGCGGCGGCGCGGACAGCGCCGGCGGCGCCCCGACCGCCCCCGGCUGCAGCCCCGGCCCGGCUCACGGCGGCGCUCCCGGUCCGGGCGGCGGCCCCGGCGGGGAGGCGUUCGCCUGUCCCUGCUGCCAAAAGCGGUUCCGGCGGCAGGCUUACCUCCGCAAGCACCUGGGCACCCACGGGGCAGCGCGGCCUGCCGCCUUCGGCCCGCCGGAGCGCGGGCCCCUCACCUUCGCCUGCCACCUCUGCGGCGCCCGCUUCCCCUCGGCGGACAUCAGGGACAAGCACCGGCUGUGGCACGCCGUGCGGGAGGAGCUGCUGCUGCCGCCGCCGCCGCCCGCCGGGGUCCCCGAGAGCGGCUCGGCGGGCGGCGAGCGGCAGGGCUUCCCCUGCAAACACUGCCCCGCCACCUUCUUCAGCGCGCCCGGGCUGGCGCGGCACGCCAGCAAGUGCCACCCGCCGGAGAGCAGGCAGGUCCUGCUGCUCCAGGUGCCCGUCCGGCCGGGCUGCUAG